CCAGCAGACCAAAGAAAUCGAACGGCUGUGCUCUAAACUUUUUUUACUUUGAUCUUUAGCUCUAGUCACAUGCUCUGCUGCUGACUCUCUGCCUGGCGACUUGACUAAACGCUUCUUUCGUCUGCGCCCUUCUGCUUCUGCCUUCGUCAUCAUCAUCUUCACGUCAAAGCUUCAUAGACUUUGUUUCUCCCUUGCAACGACCGAUAUCGACUGAUCGAUUUAAAGAAAAUACGCCUUUUAUCCCUUUUAUCUUCGAAUUUCCCCCAAGACCCAUCCGGAACGAGCUCGAAAGCCACCAAAGAUAGGCUACAAGCAACCAUGAAUUACCUCUACUCCACGGUCAACACUCUGCGUGACCGCUACACGCCGGUGACGCACACGUCGACCUUUCGCAACACGGGCCAAAUCACGCCCGAAGAGUUUGUAGCAGCGGGCGACUACCUCGUCUACAGAUUCCCGACCUGGUCCUGGAGCGACGCCGACUCCGAGGCCCUGCGUGUCAGCUAUCUGCCUGCCGGGAAACAGUUCCUCGUGACUCGCAACGUGCCGUGCCACCGCCGGCUGAACGACGACUUUGCCGGCGAUGCUGGGCACGAGGAGUCUGUCGUCAAUGACGGCGACGACUUCAAGAGCAAGGGCGAUGUUGAUGACGAUGGUUGGCUUCGGACGGGAGGGCUGGCUAGCUCGCAGCCGCUCAAGGCGCGAGAGGUUAAGACGGUAGAUGAUGCGGGCAACGUUGGCGACGACGAUCUGUAUGGGCUGGACGACGAUAUUCCGGAUAUGGAGGACGAGGAGGAGGACGAUGCUGUUCUUCGUAUCGAGCCUGGCAACACCGCUCGCCGCACUUACAACCUCUACAUCAUGUACACGCCCUACUACCGAACGCCACGGCUCUACCUCUCGGGCUACCAGGGCAGUGGCCACCCUCUGCCGCCCAUGAAGAUGAUGGAGGAUAUCGUCGGCGACUACAAGGACAAGACGGUGACGCUCGAGGAGUUUCCCUUCUUUGCCAACCACGUCAGGAUGGCCAGCGUGCACCCUUGCAAGCAUGCUCCCGUGAUGAAGUCGCUGCUUGACCGUGCUGACGCCGCGCUGCGUCUCCGCAGAGAGAAGCUGCGUGCGAGCAAGAAGCAGUCCGUGGACGGAAAGGACGUGGAGGGCCUGACGAGCGAGCUGGGUAAUCUGGACGUCAAGGGCGCCCAAGAUGCUGCCGACAAGGACGAGUGGGAAGAGGUGCAAGAGAAUGAGGUGGACGACCAAGAGGUGGCUAUUCGCGUCGACCAGUACCUGGUCGUAUUCUUAAAGUUCAUGGCCAGCGUCACGCCUGGAAUCGAGCACGAUUUCACCAUGGGUGUCUAAGCAUGGAAAGAUUCUGGAUCAAAACAAGCAAACAACUUCGAUCCAUGCUCUAUCUACAGGUUGUAUUCUACACGCUCAUCAUUCUUAUAAUUUAAAGCUCAAGCCGUUUCUUUAUGUUGUAUGCGUGCGUCUUGCAACAGGCGUUUAUGGGACGGGGGAUAUUACUCCACCUGGACGAGUGGUGGCAUGUACAUUUAUUAUCAUCAGUUUCAUCUUACUUUUCUUCCUUUAUGCUGGUGUCUUUUUGGGGCGGGAGUAGCAAAGCAGAGAUAGAAAUGCACAUCAUCUUAUUUUCACA